GUUUCAACCAAGUGGUGUAUCAAAAAAAGAUGCCAUCUCAAUAUAGGUUUAUAUUUUCCACUGGCCCUAUGGGCGAAGAUACCUUGACCAUUACUUCACUUGAGUGUGUUACAGCUCGUCCGAUGUUAUAUCACCAGGUUAAGAGAUAUGGAAAUCUCCAUGAGGAUUUGGACAAGAGUCCCAAUAGCUAUUAAAAUUCUGGACUAGCUCUAUUACGAAAGGUAGAUGGACUAUAAGGCACUUACCCAACAAACUGUUCAAGAAAUUUUAGGUUACAAUCAAGAUAAAUCGGGCUGGAAAGUGGUUAAAAUUUCAAAAAAGAUAACUGUUUCCAAGAAGCCUUCUAAAAAAUUCCAGGGAAAUCUAUACCGUGUUGAAGGAAUAUUUCCAGAAUCAGCAUGUAAGCUAUCUGAUUUCCUCUACAAAACUGAAAACAGAGUUACAUGGGAUAAAUCAUUGAAAGCGUAUAAUAUGGUACACAAGAUUGACUCGGACACAUUCAUAUGUCAUACCAUUACACAGAGUUUUGCUAUGGGCUCAAUUUCCCCCCGAGACUUUGUUGACUUAGUGUCCUUCAAGCACUGCGAAGGGAAUAUGGAUAUUAUCACUUCUAGGAGUGUGGAUUUUCCAGCAUAUCCUCCAUCUUCAAAUUACAUCCGUGGUUAUAACCAUGCUUGUGGCUAUGUAUGUUCACCUCUGCAAGAGAACCCAGCACAUUCCCGACUAGUGAUGUUUGUCCAGACAGAAAUGAGAGGAAAAUUGUCCCCAUCAAUAAUUGAAGCAACCAUGCCUUCCAACUUAGUAAACUUCAUCCUCAAUGCAAAAGAGGGAAUAAAGACACACAAAGCUCCAUCAGGACGUGGAUGUCAUCGUAAUGGGCAUUCAUCAUUCCUAAGGAAGAAAUGAGGCCAUUACAAUGAGGCCAUAUAAUGUCACGUGUGGCAAUAUGCAGUUUACUUCUAAGUCAAUAUGCAUAAACACUGUUGAACUAUUCUAGACAGUGUUCUUGGACAAAUUACUGAAGGUACUUUGUGAAAAUAAGAACUUGUAAAAGAGAACAGCGUGAAAUAUAGUUUUUAAUCUCAUAUAAGAAUGAUGUUGAAUAACAAAUAUUCUUAAUGCACUUUUAUCUUUCGCUUUUUUCCCUGGAAAAUGCUCUACAAAAGAAUCAUUAAGAAAGCAUAUACAGUCAGAGGUCAGCAUUAAUUAAAGCUUAAAAUAUACUUUAAAUUGUUUUUCCUUCACUUACUGCUUACAUUGAUAGCCGUAGGAAACCUGAACACAAAAAUAGAAAAGAAUUCCACUAGAACGUAUGGCCAAUGAUAUCUGGAACUUAAAAUUGAAUGAGUCAUGAAUCAAUUUGUGGUUCUGGCCAAGAUGUAGUAGCCCAUUCCUCCCAAGUCCUUCCUCUGACAACCAAACGGCCCUGCCUAUAACACAACAAACAACACAGGAAGACUCACGCAUAGGUGGAAAGAAGAAGGCAAACUGCCUAGAGACCUUGGGACUUUAGGAAUGACAUAGCAGUGAGUUCUCUGGGCUUCCUUAUUUCCUCCCAUAUAUUCCUGACAGGGGGCUGCAGAAGCCUCCAGCCUGGAGACACCAACAGGCGGGAAGAACAACAACAAAAAGCUUCAAGAAAAAGCCUGUGCCUCCUAGCCAUAGGAGUGGCUAUGAACAAAAAGGUGGCCUAAAAAAACAAAAAUCUUUUUGACAAUAUCCACCCUACAUCAGCCAAACAUCAGCCUAAAAACUGCAUCCACCUCACCCUAUGGUUUCAAUGGGACAAGGCAGAGAGAUGAUCUUCCGCCUCACUCACCUCAUCCCACAGAAGCAGGUGGUUGUGCUCUGACACCCCCACCCUGUGGUGUUGGCAAGGCUGAGCAGGGAGCUAAUCUUCCACCUUCUACCUGGCAAAAGCAGAUGGCACUCUGAUUACCCUCCCAGGUGGUACAGGCUGACAAGCAGGGAGCUGAUUUUCCAUCUUCCACCCAACAGAAGCUAGUAGUGGUGCUCUGAUAUCCCUGCUGGAAUAGCGUCAGUGGGGUCCAGUGGCAAAGUGAGCUUCCAUUUCCAUCUGGCAGCAACAAGACUUAACCAACUAGUGCAAAGAAGGGCUAGUCACCAUUCAGCUUCACUGUGCUCCCCUGAUCACCAGUGUCGCCAAGGCCCAGCAGGAUGCUGAGCCUCCAUCCCCACUCAGCAUCAAUGUUUUCCCCUUUGUAGUGUGUUGAAUUUGGCUUCUAGAAGAUAUGUCUUAUCAAAUCCCUGGAACCUUGAAUGUGACCUUGUUUGGAAAAAGGAUCUUUGCAGACGUAAUUAAAUUAAGGACCUCAGGAUGAGAUUAUCCUGGAUUAUUUGAGUGGGCCCUAGAUCUAAUCACGAGUGUCCUUACAAGAGAUGGACAGAGAGACAUGUGGAGACGAGGAGGCCAUGUGAAGAUAGAGGCAGAGAUUGGAGUUUUGUAGGACAAGGCAAAGAACACCUGGAGCCCCCAGAACCUGGAAGAGGCAAAGAAGGAUUCUCCUCCACAGCCUUCAGAGGGAGUGUGGCCCUGCUGACACUUUGAUUUCAGACUUCCAGCCUCCAGAACUAUAAAAGAAUAAAUUUCUGUUUUCCUAAGCCACCAAAUUUGUGGUAAUUUGUUACAGUAGCCAUAAGAAACAAAUACACCCUUUUCGGUGUUAGCAGGGCUCGGUGGCGAUCUGGGCCUCCACUCCCAUCUGGGAUCAACAAAGUGAAACAAGGUGGUGGGACAUGGGCUAGUUAACACUCUGCUUCCCUACCCCCUUCCCUGGGGUCAUGGGGUCCACUGGGGAGCUGAGAUUACCUUUGCACUUGGAGGCAACAAGACUAUGCAAAUCAGUGCCCACUUUUGCCAGGCAGGGGAGCUGAACUGCAAGGAGUGUUGGUCAGUGCUCUCCUUUUGCCAGGGUGGUGACAGCAGGGCCCCGUGGGAAGCUGACAACUCACCCAGCCCUUGCACUACACCUCAACUAGGGGACUACUUGCUAAUAUAGAAGAUAAAGUAGGAUCCGGAGUCGUCCGGAAUGGAAAGAAGAAUAUCAGAAUGGGUAAAAAUAGAGGUGAAAUUGUAAUAUAUACUAUUCUUGUGAGUAUAGUUGAUGGUUGACAAAGGUAUAAAAGCAAUUCAAUGGAGGAAGGACAGGCUUUCACUUAAUGGUGUUGGAGCAACUGACAUUCAAAGAACUUGACCUCACCUUGUACUUUAUACAAAAAUUAACUCACCACGGAACAUGGACUUUAAUGUAAAACAUAAAACUAUAAAACUUUUAGGAGAAAAAUCUUCAGAACCUAUGGCUAAGCAAAGAGUUCUUAUACUGGACACACCAAAAGUAUGAUCCAUAUAAGGAAAAAAAUGAUAAAUUGAUCAUCAAAAUAAAAAAUGGAUGCUUUGGGAAAGAUCCUGUGAAGAAGAUGAAAAGACAAGGUAGAGACUGGGAGAAAAUAUUUGUAAGACAUUUCUGACAAAGGACUUGUAUCUAGAACAUGUAAAGAGCUUUCAAAACUCAACAGUAUUAAAAAUCCAGUUAGAAAGGGGGCAAAAGACAAGGACAUUCCACUGAAGAGGAUAAGUAACUAAGUUCAUGAAAAGAUGUGCAAUGUCACUGGCCAUUGGGUAAAUGCAAAUAAUGUGUAACCACAUUGAGAUAUCAGUACAUACUUAUCAGAAUGGCUAAAAUGUAAAAAAAAUUAGUGAUUACAUCAAGUGUUGGUGAGGAUGCGGAGAAAACUCAUACAUCAAAGGUGGACAUGUAAAAUGGUACAGUCACUCUAAAAAAGGGUAUGGCAGUGUCUUACAAAAUGAAACUUGUGGUUACUAUGUGAGCCAGCAUUGCAUUCUUUAUCCCAGAGAAAUGAAAAUGUUCACACAAAAACUUGUACACAACUAUUCACAGCAGCUUUAUUAUAAAUAGCCAAGAACUGGCAACGACCCACAUAUCCUUAAAUGGGGGGAUAGUUAGACUGUGGUAAUCCAUACAUGGACUACUACUAAGCAACACAAAGGAGCAAACUAUGGAUUCACACAACUUGCAUGGUCUCAAGGAAAUAUUGCUGAGUAAAAAGCAAGCAAUCUCAAAAGGUUAAAGAGUGUUUUAUUCCAUUUAUCUUGAACUGACAAAAUGAUAGACAUGGAAAACAGAAUUAGUAGUUUGCUGGGAUUAAGGAAGUGGGAGUAAGAAGGGAGGUACUUGCAGCUUUAAAAAGGCAGCGGGAGAAGGGGCUGGCCCCGUGGCCGAGUGGUUAAGUUCGCGCGCUCCGCUGCAGGCGGCCCAGUGUUUCGAUGGUUUGAAUCCUGG